AUGAGCUCCUUCGGCCUACUUGUGACUCUUCUGGAUCCCCUGCACAAGCCUCGCCUGAUGCUGGGCCCUCUAAGGCCAUGGCGCAACAGCACUCUCGGCCGGCCACCUCCUUUUGGCCCGCUUCCCCCUCCAGGCCCGGCCCACCUGUCGCGUCCCCUGCUCCUAGCAAUCCUACGCUCUCAGGCCCAACCGAGGGCUCCUCAUCACCGCUCUCAAGCCCGGUACAACCGGCCCAGAUGCGGCUCAGCAUCACGAGGCCGGCCAAUUCGUCCCAGACGCGGCCCCCUGUUGCGCGUCCUAUGGAUUCGGCCCGCACACGGCCCGCCGAGGAUCUAUCCGCAGGCCAUCAGCCUUCUCCAGUUCAGGCCGCUCCACCUCCCUUGA